AUGUCAAUCUCUCCUCGUACUAUCAGCCACUGUUCAGAGGUGGUGCCGAUUUCACCCAAUCAAUUGCCAGAUUUGACCCUCGAGCCCGAGACAGUUUAUUCAAUUCCUUUUGGCGAUAUCGACAGCCUCGCGAAAGAUAUAGUCCAAAGACUGCAAGUCCUGGAUUUUCCUAUCCAAGGCAAGUGUGUCGAAGCCCUUCUUUUCAGUUGUGAAACCAAGGGGGUCCAUAUGCAGAAGCGGGCUGGCACAAACACUUCGCGGCCUUAUGUAGUGGAAAUCCCAGGAGGUGCUGUCGAGCAAGAAGACCAAACUCUUCAGCUUGCUUCACUUCGUGAGCUUUUAGAGGAGAGCGGGAUAUCCAUUCUAGGCGCGCGUCCUCACAUUGAUGGCUAUUUUUAUUUUUGGAACCACGUGGGCUCCACGACUGGCUCAAACAAAUGGCUGAUCAAGUUUGUGUUCGGAUAUGCUAUCUCUGGACGUGACGUAUGGCUGUUCAAUGACCGCAGGUGGGACAGCGAUCUCAAAAUGCCCAAGGGGACUUCUUCUAUUCUCUUUGAUCCAGAAGAAGUGAGCGAUGUUCUCUCAAUUACUGAGGAUGGACUCAAGGAGAUGAUUUUGUGGGAUCCAAACAAUCGAAAAAUUGCCGAAGACACCAAGCUUCUUGUCAUCCAGCGACAAACAAUUGCGAUGCUGAAUCAUAUAUUUUGCUCGUUGCCAUAUUUGGAAGGACCUCAGAAAGACAUCAAUCGAAUAUGUUAUUUCGAAAAGGCAUCAAGCUCGGGCAUACGACUUAAAAUGGGCGAGGACAGCAUACCCAUUGCGCGCUUGCAGCGAGAAGGCCUGGAAGGGAUAGUUGAAAGAGUCACAAGAAGGAACUUUGGUGUCCACUUAACAAGCCCGUAA